GCACGAUGUGGUGCAUGUGCUGCUGCUGCUCCUCUUGCUAUCGCUGCUGCCCUGUCUCCAUCUCUUCCUGACCCUCCUCCGCCCGUCCCACGCUUAACUCGUCUGUGCACAUUCCUUUCCCCCGCUCAUCGCGUGGGUCAAGCCUUCGAUAUUAGAUUGGGGCUUCUUCCAUAGCGACCAUGGGCAACAACAAUUCCCCUCCAUUCCUUUAUGACUACCCGUCUUCGACUCGGUUUUACAGUCAACCCGAAAUCCCUUUCAACCCGAAGGCUGUGACCCAGGCGAGCUGGACUCGGCCGGCGCCAAAGCCUGAGGUGAAAGGGCCGUUGGUUGACCUUAAUAGUCAUUCUGACUCAGGAAACAUCACAGAUAGCAAGCCGCGAUGGACUCCAAUGAGUCCCAAAACAAAGGGUCGAGUGGUCUAUGGACGAAAGGUGCAGCUCGGGCUGCGCGUACUCGCUCUUAUCGGAGCUCUCGGUUCGUUGUUCUGCUCUAUCGUGAUUAAAAAUGCCGCAGCAACCGUGAUCUGGAUCGUCAGAGUUGGCCCAGCCGUCGCAAUCCUACACACUCUUUAUGGCAUAUAUAACCUGAGCCGCUCCUCAAUCACUAGGCCUCCAGGCUCACAGGCCAGUUAUAUGCUAUUUGCAGCAACGUUCGAUCUCGGCUUGGUCCCAUUCUACGUCUUCGCAGCCUAUUUGGGCUACAGGCAAUACUCCGACAAUGCAUACGACUGGACUACAAUGCUGGGCACCAAUAUUGACGUGACAACAAAGAUUGCAGAGGCUACAUUUCUUCUGGGUAUAAUCAAUGGAGCAUUGCAUGCGAUUUCCUUGGGAAUAUCCCUGUUUUUGGGUAUCAUAUUCCGGAAAAUCACUAAACUGCCCCCCGACAUGAAUCCGCUAGAAGACAACUUGACUGCCCGUCCCCUCAAACGGACCAAGUCUGAGAUUCUUGAGAAGCACGCCAGCCAGUCCACUUUGGGCUCAGACAACAUUUCCAGCGAAGACCCACUGAUCGGCGUUCCUCGCAACGUGCCAUUCAUCGAUACCCGCAGCAAUUCGUCCUUUAACAACGAUUACAGCCGAUUCCCCUCUGGUGUCACCGACAGAACGCAGCCGCAACACGCGCCCUCCUUCCACCGCCCAUCGCGCAUCCAGACCAUCCCACAUCUUCCCUUCCAUCAACCAAACGAUAUUGCGGAUGAUAUCACAAUCGCAUCGCCUAUAGAAAACCCAGAUAUCUUUACUAGACCCACUACCUCAAUCCCUUAUGGCUCACCAGUGCGUGAACCGUCCCCCGAUCUUCCCAACAGAUCACAAUGCGUGAGCCCAGCUUCAGAUAACUGGAUUGUGUAUCCAUCACGGACUGCUACACCUGUCGAUGAGCCCCAGAACGAGCACCCAGCUCCUCGCGACCCUUCCUCCGUGUACAGUCGGGCCGAAACCCCAGCUUCUUCAAAGGGUGGUGUUAUGGAUUGGCUUAGUCCCCAGCGGUACGGAUUGAAUAUUGGCGAAGCCAUCACUGAGAAUGCGCACGGAGAAUACGAGUCGAUCGCGGCGAACGAAUACUAUGGAAGCGAUGAUGUGCAUGACAUGCUGUACCAAGGACUCUACGAUAACGCUGGGCAGGAUCUUGGCGAUCAACGGAUCGAUAUCUUCCAGGAUCACGAGGACCUCGACGAAGAUACGCGGAACUCGCUUCGGGUUAAUCCCUUGGCGCUGAAUCCACCUUCACCUCAGCCCAGAGUGGACCAAAGUCGAAACCGUACCCCGAGCAACGGCCGCAUGGUGCUCACUGACAUUCCAAACCUUUCGCCCAAACCUCCUGCCGAAGAACCACUCCUUGACAGCAUACGGAAGAAAGCAAGUUUCUAUGGAGUCUCGAACACACCGGCACUUGAUACUCCUCGGAAGGCUAGCCGCGAUGAGUCGAAAUUCUCGCCCAAGAAGAACAAGAUGACGAUCAGAAAGGGCCAGAAGUUCAACGCCUACGGCGCACUGAAGCAGCAUGAUGAUGGUGACCUUAACGUCUUGAACGUCCCAUAUGCAGAUUCCGUUGCCAUCGACGGCGAUCGUAAGGGACGCGUCGUUAGUAACUCAGGAGCCGAUGCCAGCCAUGCUAAUUCGUCAUCGUCAUAUGGAAACUACAUUUCCGGACUCGGAGUAGGGAGAAGACGUGACGUUAGCGGCAAAGUGGCCGAGGAGGGCCGAGUUGAGGUCAGCAAGCCGCAGAACGAGAAUGCCGCCACACCUAUCCGCGCGGCUGGGUGGGCACGCUUUGCGGGUCUAUAGCAUCAACGUGCGGAAACCACCAAAAGAACAACAAUACAAGAAAAAGACGAAUGUACGCUUCCUCGAUUGGAUUGAUGAAUUUCAUGGAUAUGGCUUGGACAUGAGGAUUUCUGACAAUGAUUGAUGUGAUUUAUGUGAUUUACUGGUGAUACUCCCCCUUGUUUCCACUGUAGACAGUACAGAUAGUUAGUUUAGCAUCCACAACGGAGAUUGCAUUGCUCCUCUCAU